ACCGAAAGGGCAAUUUUUAAGGGUAUGUUAAAUGUAUAAACAUAUUUACAUCUCAAAUAUCUAGAGCAUAUCAUUUUGUAGUAGGCCUAUGCCUACUACAUAUGGAAACUUCAGGCAUAAAUCAUAUCCCAACCUUACGUAAUGGUUUGGUCUGCUUUUAAACUUCAGAGCGCCGAUCUUUAACUGUAGCAGACAGAUGCUUCCCUGCUGUAUUCAUGUACUACACAGUUACAUUUUAUCGUGUGAAUAUAAUUUGAAACUUCACACUGAUUUGCAAACGUUGUCUGAAGACUCAGCACAAUUGCUGGCAUGCAGAAUGCAAACCCAAUAGAGGAGGUGGGAGGCGACACAUCCUGUGAUGUGCCCUGUCUCCAGAAACUUGACUCCCCAACAGGGAGCCCUCCCAAACAAGCCUCUCUCGUAGAUAUGAUUGAGUUUGAGAAUUGUGUUUCCAAUCUCAGCCUUGCACAUGAGAUAGUGAUGAACAGAGACUUCAGCUUCAGACAGAACAGCCCACCCAAAGACAGCUUGCAGGGGAGAAUAUCUGACAUAGUGCACAGUGCUUUCUGGGACUGUCUUCGAGAGCAGCUUUCAUGCAGCCCUCCAGACUAUGUCCAUGCUGUCAUUCUGCUCCAAGAGGUGAAAACUACCGUGCUGUCCCUGCUCCUGCCUGGCCACGUUUGUCUGAAGGCCCAGGUGGAGGAGGUUCUGGACCUGGAGCUGAUCCAGCAGCAGGCAGAUCACGGGGCCCUGGACCUGCAAAGAUUGUCAGGCUACAUCAUCAAUACCAUGGCCUCCCUGUGUGCCCCUGUACGGGACCCAGAGAUCAAGACACUACGGGAUCUUUCGGACCCAGUGGAGCUCCUCAGGGAGAUCUUCAGAGUCCUUGGCCUGAUGAAGACAGACAUGGUCAACUUCACUGUACAGAGCCUCAGACCUAAUCUUCUUCAGCAGGCGGUCCAAUACGAGCAGGCCAAGUUCCAGGAGAUCCUGGAGAAGCAGCCUGAGUUCCUGGACAAGACCACCGUUUGGCUUCAGGUGGCAGCACGAGAGGAGGCAUUGGUCAGUGCCCAGUCUGACCUUGACACUGGGACUCCCAAGCCACGUGGUCCAUUAAGUCCUACUGCCGUCCUGAACAGGGCUUACCUGCAACUGCUGAGCUGGGACCCCCAUGACCAGAACUACCCUGAGACAGUUCUGAUGGACAGAGCCCGCAUAGAUGCACUGGGGCAGAGGCUGAGUCUGCUGGUUCUUGAGGCAUCAGUUCUGCUGUUGACUAGCACACAGUGUGGGGCCGCUGUUUUCUCUCUGCAGGGGUUUGUAGGUAAACUCAAGCAGACCAUCACUGCCCUGCUGGAGGGCAGUCACAACAGGGACUUUGACCUGCAGGGGGCGUUGCUGGGGCUGAGGGAGCAGGUGCUGGUGCAGGUGAAGGAGGCUCUGAUCACCCAGGAAGGACCAGCGCUGCCUCAGGACAGUGAAGAUUUGCUUAAGGGACAGAUCUCAGACCUGGCCAAGGACAACAACCCCAUCCACACUCUCAUAGGAGAAAGAGUGCAGGGCUACCUCCAGGCCAUGCUAGAGGGAGUCCCCACUAAAAAGAGUCCGUCCAUGCCCCCUGCCCUGAGGCUGCUGAGUGCUGAGGUGGCAGAACUGGGAAUGGCCUUUGGGCGAAUAGUCCAUUUCAACCGCUCAGUUUUCGGCCCCUUCUACGUCCCCAUCCUAAGGAAGAUGCUGUUUCCAUCGGGAGAGGCCGAAAUGGGAGAGGACUCCCGCUAAUCCCCCGAACACCUCCGGUCCCCUGCAUAAGCUGCCAUUCAACAUUUACACAAUGUAGAGCAGGGUUCCCAAACUGGCGACCCGCGGACCAAAUCUGACACGCCAACAAUAUUAUUUGGCUCCCCCAAAGACCCCCAAAUUAAAUUGUAAUAUUUUUUAAAAACAAAUGUAUACAAAUCUCAGAUCCAAGAUGCAAAACCCCCCAAAUGCAAUGUCCCAAGAAGGAAGUUACCCUACCUAAAUAAUGCAAAAGUUAAGUUUUAACUUCAUUCAUGAGGAGAGAGAAUGCAGGAGACAGUCUACUAAUAAAGCUGGCAACGGACCAUUUUGUGGUGCUGAAACUUAAAGCUGCAACCACAGCACAAUCAAUACGUGAACUGCACCUGGUGCUGAAAAUAUAGCUAACCUGUUAUGCAAGUGUUGCACAGCGACAGAUGGAGAAAACCUACACCAGUCGAGUAAUUCAUUUCAACAAUAAUCUUCAUUUUAAUUUGACUUUACAAACAAGAAGAGGGCUUAAUUGUCUUCUGAGCCUAGGCCUACAUAAAAUAACAACUGGCUGUGGUAUGCCAUAAUGCUUAACAGCAUCUUUCACAAGAAAAAAUUAUAUGGCCUAAUAGAAGUGGGAUUUUUUUUUUUUUUUUACAAGGUCUCCUUACAAUUGCAACUGGCCAAAAAUGGAGCAUCCUAGAUAAAACAAUAAUUUAAAUAAAAAAAGGUGAAUGUCUAUCAGGACAGCCUGCUCCUAUAAUGACAGAACAAACAGAUAAUACUGUCAGCUUGAGACCUAAAUAUCCCUGGAUAAGCACACAAUAAUGUUAGUAUUUACUAAGUACAGUCAUAUAGGCCACUAAGUUACUCACUUAAUGGGAAAUGUUGCAUUUCCCCUCGAUCUUAUGGAUGUCACCUGAGAUGGAUGUGAUUUUGAUGCGCAGGCAGUCAACAAUUGACUUGUGUGAAAGCCGGUUCCUGUCCUGAGUCUAUAUUGCGUUCAUAGAGGAAAAUGAGGACUCGCAGGAUUAAGUCGAUCCAGACAUUGUUAGCACAUGAAAUGCACGUUUCUUUAUUGGCUGUAUUCCUGAGCAUGCCACCCAAAACGCACACAAGGACUCGGUACCCCUGAGCGCAUCUCUGAUUUGGCUUGAUGUCUGUAAUUUAAUCCGCUCAGUUUGAAUUGCGGCCUAAUUUUUAAAAUGUAAACUUUAUUUAACUAGGCAAGUCAGUUAAGAACAAAUUCUUAUUUACAAUGACGGCCUACCCAGACCAAACCCGGACGACACUGAGCCAAUUGUGCACCACCCUAUGGGGCUUCCAAUCACAGCCGGAUGUGAUUCAGCCUGGAUUCGAACUAGGGACUGUAGUGACGCCUCUUGCACUGAGAAGCAGUGCCUUAGACUGCUGCUCCACUCGGGAGCCCAAUCCAGCGAGGGUAUCGUUUUCUUAGCAAGGGAGGAGUGUUCUCCACCUGGGCAGACUGUGAGAGGAGCACGCACAAACGCAAUGAUAUCCAUGGGCACACUGUGAGAGGAGCACGCACAAACGCAAUGAUAUCCAUGGGCAUUCUGUAGUCUUCAAAUCUGAUCACUCAGGAGACCAUCCGCCACCUCAUCAGGAGCAUGCCCAGGUGUUGUAGGGAGGUCAUACAGGCACGUGGAGGCCACACACACUACUGAGCCUCAUUUUGACUUGUAUUUAAUAAGAAUAUUUCAUUCAUUCAGAUCUAGGAUGUGUUAUUUUAGUGUUCCCUUUAUUUUUUUGAGCAGUGUAUAUACAUUAGUAACGUUUGUUAAACCAAAAACAGGCCAUCAGAUAAGUAGAAUAUAUGAAGAUCAUAUAAAGAAUAAUCAUACUGGAAUAUAUUUUCCUCAGGACACAUAUAAUAUUUGUUGUCGCAACCAUUGUGAUAAUCAUUUUUACUAAUAUCUAGAGUUUGCAUGUAUGUCAGCUUGAAUUGAUUAUUUGUGCAUUAGCUAGAGAUUGUUGUGUACAGUAGGUUUAUUGAAUGGUAUGUACUGUAUAAUUUAAAGCACUUACCAAAGAUAUGUAUGCACUUUUUAACUAUUUAAAAUACAUCUAUAUUUUAAUAUUUUGGAACUGUACAUUAAACAAUGUGUGAAAUUUG